UUUGUCUCAUUCUUUGCGGUUUGUUCUUCCUGGAAGUUCAAUCAUCAGGAGGAAAACCUAAGAUAGUUGACAAAUCGACAGUUACUUACUCGGCGAAAGUUGGGGAAAGAAUUCGUUUAAAAUGCAAUUUCAACCGCUGGGAGAACGGUUGGAAAAUGACGUGGUACAAAAACGGCGCUGUUGUUCGGGUUCGAAGAAAGUCGAGGUUUAGAAUGCGUGAUGGGGUGACGAGCAUGCUGAGAAUCAAGAACGUACGAAUCCGCGAUGCUGGAAUGUACCAGUGUGUGGCUAGAAACAAAUAUGGCACAGAAAGUAAACAAAUGAAUCUAACAGUCACAGGUCAGUUAAAGGCGCGUGGUGUACCCGGACAAGGUUCGCCGUGGUUUGAAAAGCUGAGUCCUGCGAGGCAGUACAUCGCCUGGCCAGCGUCGAAUGAUCUGAAAUUACGCUGUGCGGCUGAUGGAGAGCCUCCCUUGAAAUAUCAGUGGUUGAAGGACGGGAAAGUCCUGACAUAUCGUGGCUUAGAUCCAAAGGUUGACGGUACGAAGUGGUAUUUGAUUAUCAAAACAGCCGUUAUAUCUGACAAUGGCGUGUACAAAUGUAUCGUGUCAAAUAGACUGGGGAAUAUAUCACGUGAAUACAAAUUGAAAGUAAUAGAAAAGGGACCAAUACGUCCAGUGUUAUCAACUCAUUUCCCCGUCAACAAAACUGUUCAUGUUGGCGACAACGUGACAUUUCAAUGUAUAGAGCUCUUUAGCCCGAUGUUGACCGACUAUCGUUGGCUUCACUGGAAGAAGCUGCCUCCUAGUUACCCGGAGUUGAACCUUGCAGAAAUACCAUCCACCACUUCGCCGUAUUAUACAUUGAUUAAUCAUCGACAUUAUAAAGCGUUUGACGUCGAAAAAAAGGACGGAAAAUACGGGUCAAGGGUAUACAUAAAUAACGUUACAAAAGAAGAUGAAGGAAUGUACACUUGUUUGAUCACAAAUCAUGUUGGACAAGGUUCAAGGAAUGCGUUCUUAAGAGUUGUCGAUUCAGAAAUUUCAAAACCACUGGAGAGAGAUGAUGAAACAGAAGAACCUGGUAGGAAGAUGGCUUGCUCUGUCUCCGUUGCAGGAACGCCUGAAUUCAACCGAGGCAAACAAUACCAACAUCUUACCGUUGCUUUGAAGUCUGUGAGACCAAACGACGCCAACGCAUAUGAGUGUAAUCUGUCAGGUCGCUACGAAUCUAUAAACAUGACGUAUGAACACAAUGGAAACGAAAGAGCAAGGCCUAUUCUGGAAGAUUUUCGUAACGUGAAAGCGAUCGAGGGAGAGAGUGUGUCGUUGACCUGCAAGGCGUUCAACAUCAACAGACCAAAGUUGAUUUGGUUUAAAUUCGACAAAAUCUUAAAACAGUAUAAAGUGGUCCGGGAAGAAGAUCGCGUUGAAUUUGAAGCCGUGGAGGACAAAAGCAUGGGAUGGUAUGGCGAGAGACUUCGUUUAUUGAGCGUUUCGAGUCAAGACUCCACGGAAUAUUUGUGCUUAGGCAUUAAUUUCAUUGGGACAAAUUCUGAAUCGUUGAUGGUCAAGGUUUUGCCAAAGAAAAAUAUAGGAGAUUUUGCCUCAAACGAGACUUGGAGUGUCAAAAUGCUCGCCAGAUUUUGUUUCAUUCUGUGUGCUUUGUUUUUCGUGGUGGAAUCAGCAUUCACACGUACACCAGUAAGUCCACCAUUACUCUAUAAGUACAAGUCGAACGUGGUAGCAUUACUCGGCCAAUCACGGGUCAAGCUUCGUUGCCGCGUGUCUAAUGGCAUGGGAGCACAAUAUUGGUGGACAAGGAAUGGCAAGAAAAUACGAAGAUCGAGGAAAUAUCUAGUCACUUAUUUCCAUAAUUUGAGGAUAAAAAACGUGGGAGCUUCUGACGCCGGAGAGUACGUUUGUCGGGCGAAAAAUGAUGUCGGAGAGAGUCACCAAACGAUCACCCUCAUUGUUAAAGAUCCAGCCAAAGAAAAUACUACUGAAGAAAGAAAACCGUUUUUCACGCAUCUGGAACAGAUGACGAAAAAGAUGAUAAUAAUCCCGGCUGGUAACAAAUUCAAAAUCACAUGUUCGGCUUCCGGUAGACCAUCGCCAACAAUCGCCUGGUACAAAAAUGGGAAACAGCUUAAACUAAUGCCCGAUGGUUCAACGGCGAUAAAACCGAGUGAUUUUAUCUUAAACUUCGAAUCACUGAGAUCAAAAGACGAUGGAAAAUACACGUGUUUCGUUUCAAACAGACUUGGAAAUGUUAGCGCGUCAUUUGACCUGACAGUCAAAGCAUCCCCGCCACCAUCCUUCCAGAGUGACGUGUCAAACGCGACCGUUGUGCUCGGCGAAUCAGAAGUCAGGCUUCCCUGUCGCGUGAUCGCUGACGUAAAUACAGAAUAUUGGUGGACAAAAGGCGGGAAACGGAUAACGAAACGAAAAAGAUAUCGAAUCAAGAAAUUCCGUUAUUUGAGGAUAAAAAAUGUGGAGAAUUCCGACGCCGGAGAGUACGUUUGUCGGGCGAAAAAUAAUGGCGGAGAAAUUCAGCAAACGAUUACUUUAAUUGUUGAAGAUCCAGUCGGAAAUUCUCCUGAAGAUCGAAAACCGUUUUUCACGCAUCCUAAGAAGAUGACGAAAAAGAUGAUAAUAAUCCCAGCUGGUAACAAAUUCAAAAUCACAUGUUCGGCUUCAGGCAGACCAUCACCAACAGUCUCCUGGUACAAAAAUGGUAAACAGCUUAAACUAAUGCCCGAUGGUUCAACGGCGAUAAAAUCAAAUGAUUUUGUCUUAAACUUCGAUUCACUGCGACCAAAAGACGAUGGAGAAUACACGUGCUUCGUUUCAAACAAACUUGGAAAUGUUAGCGCGUCAUUUGACCUGACAGUCAAAGAAAUAAUACUCGCAAAACCAGUGUUGCAAAAAAUGAAAAAUAAAACUGCGUAUGAGGGAGACGAUGUGACGCUCACUUGUAGUGCAUUCAGCGAUGCUUUGCCUCAUUUUCAAUGGAUAGUAAAGAAUCCAAAAAAGAACAAUUCGAUUGAAGUUUUAAACCCCGGACUUGAGCAAGACGACUACAUUUGUGAAGGAGAAAAAGAGCGAUGGCACUGCGUGAAAUUGCUACUCCGUAACGUGUCGCGUAAGGAUGAAAGGCAGUAUUACUGUAUGGCAGGGGAUGAACGGGGAUGGAGCAAGGAGACGGUGUGGCUAAAAGUGUUGCCAAGACCAGUUACUACCGAGGCGACAUCGGUUAAAGUGCGUAACAAGAGACCAUAUUAUAACUCAGAGAAGACAUCAGGGAACUCGAUGACACAAGUCAUCGCCAUCACUGUUUCGGUGGUCGUUGUAGCAAUUGCAAUUGGCUCUGUGAUCGCGUAUCUAUGUAUUUUCAAGCGAGGAAUGUUCAGACAGAAAGCACGCGUCAUCGAAAGUUACGGCGCACCUCCGUAUCCCGAAAAACGUCGCGAUGUAUUGAGUUCUACGUCGUCGUCCAUGUCCAACUGUUCAACAAAUCCUUUGCUUGCACACCACGGAAUGAGAUACCUGAAGAGGCAGAACUCCGGUCUUUCUCAUGUCAGCGAGAUGGUGUUAUACUGUGACGCAGAGUGGGAAGUCGAUCGGGAAAACCUGAAACUUCUCGAAGUGAUCGGUGAAGGAGCUUUUGGCAAAGUUUUAAAAGCGGAAGCAUUUGGUUUAAAUCGACAAAACGCCGGAAAGAAUAUCGUUGCCGUGAAAACCUUAAAAGACGAUGCAACUGAGGCAGAAUUAUUGGAUCUUGUUUCUGAGAUGGAAGUGAUGAAGACGAUUGGGAGACAUAAAAAUAUCAUCAACGUCAUCGGAUGUUGCACGCAGAAUGGACCACUGCUUGUUGUGGUAGAGUACGCACCAUAUGGUAAUCUGAGAGAAUAUCUUCGUGAAAGAAGACCUAAUCGUAACGGUUUAACAAAUCCAAUCGAAGGAGAGGAGAAAUUGAUUUUGCGAGAUUUCGUUUCGUUCAGUUAUCAAAUAGCCCGAGGAAUGGAAUAUCUGUCGACUAAAAAGUGUAUUCAUCGAGAUCUUGCGGCGAGGAAUAUUCUAGUUGGUGAAGAUAAAGUUAUGAAGAUAGCAGACUUUGGCUUAGCAAGGGAUAUUCACAAAGUCGACUACUACAGAAAGACCACAGAUGGUCGUCUGCCCGUGAAGUGGAUGGCGUUGGAAGCGUUAUUUGAUCGAGUGUACACCGCCCAAAGCGAUGUUUGGUCAUUUGGCGUAGUCGUCUGGGAAAUAUUAACUUUCGGUGGCACGCCAUACCCAAGUAUACCACUCGAAAAAUUAUUUGAACUUUUGCAAACGGGAUACCGAAUGGAACAGCCAGUAAAUUGUCCAGAAGAUCUAUAUGAUCUAUUAAGGCGAUGUUGGAACGAGGAGCCUUACAUUCGUCCCACGUUUACUGAUCUCGUACAAGAACUGGACGCUAUGUUAUCAAAGAUGACAAACGAGGAAUACGUCGAUAUGGGCCAACUCAUUUCUCCAAUGCAGCCCCACCCGGUCACCCACCAGAUCGCAUCUAGUCCAAGCGACAGUGAUUCGAGUGUAUUCGAAAACGAAGAUCAACAUCAAGAUGAAAAACAACCGUUGAAAACAGUAGACUGCAAUCUUCUUCCAAUCAUCCAGGAGGUGACGUGUUGAAAUAUUCGGACAAUCCCGUCAAAAUUGUGGACGUUUUCGUUAUCGUCGAGAGGAAUUUAAUGAGACGAGCAAGAUUUUGCAAAGAUGACAAGAAUUUCAUUGGAUGCAAAAUAAAUAAAAACUCUCUUGGUUUACAAGUUGGUGCGCAGAACCUUAUUCAUCGGACAGGCAAGGUCAUUGCCAGAUACUCCUUGAAUUUGGAAAUAAUCCUUCAACUUAUUACGGUUUGGAAAUGAAAAUAGACAGUGGACACAAUGGAACUCAUUGUCUUAGUAACAAUGUUCGAAAUCCCUAAAUCCUAAAGUUGACGGCAAUUGAAGGUUGCUACGAUUUGGGUAAACGCAUUGCUAGUCAACUUUUUUACAUCUUGUACCGUUUUCUAUUCUAUUGUAAACGAAGAAGCAAUUUGGUGGCAAAAAGGCGCUUCUUCCAAUGGUAAACCUUGAUCACAAAAUGAAAUGAGUGGUUCACCGACAAAAAAUGAACGGUUACGAAUCAAAGAAUUGGAGGAGAUUUAUUGGCUGAAAGAUAUAUGAACCUUUUUGGUCGUAAAAUUGGACAGUCUUUAUCGGCUACAAUGAAGAAGAGGGCAACACAUUUCUAACAGUUGGAUUUAAAGAAUCAUUCUACAAUGGUUCGUACAUGAAUAAGAAAAUGCUUGGUUUUAUCAAGCAGAUUACUUUAUGGAGAGCAUCUCUUGUGAAACAAUUAAGGUAUACAGAAUUAAACGUAUACUCAAAAGUGUUAUACUUUCGUAGUAAAAAUAACCUAAAAGCAGUCGUGCCAUGGAAAAACAAGUUGACGAAAUAUCUGGUCCAAAUUCAUCAAAGUGAACUUAAUACCAGAAUUUCAGAAUGGCCUAGCUCACGACAGAAAAAGCUUUACAUUGUGAUAAUUUUACAUCGUAAAUAGUAGUUAUAGUAUAGAUAGAUUAUAGUACCACUCGCAGGCUCUUUCUCAUGCCAAACACUGUAGAUAUUCGAAUAGUUAGUAUAGCAUAGUGAUUUUUGAACUGACUUUAGGAUUUUACAGAAUUAAAUACUACAUGCUUCUUAUAAUUUCUGGCUUUAACAUCGACUGACAAAAUUUUUUUUAGAAUGUUUCACACACGAGCCACAUCGGUGUGAAUUAAAUUGUGAAAUAUUUUAUUUUAGACAGUUUUAUGAAAUUCUUUGACAACACUAAUAUUAGAGCUUAAUUCUGUUGUAAAUAUGUUACAAUUUAAUGGGGUUUUGAAUGUAAAAUAGAUUUUGAAGAAACUGUAUAUAUUUUUUUAAAGAGAAAGCUAAUAAAUGUUUCAAAA